CCAAAAGAAAAUCCACACAUGCAAUUGUUGAAGAAGCUAAGUGUCUAGCUAUAGCCCCUCGACAGAUUAUUAUUGCAAUAGUAAUGGCGGCUUUGAAAGUGAAGUUGCCUCAGAGGACGAAAUUGAGAAAAGGCCACUCUGCAGGGACGAUGCGGAUCCCAAAGAUGACAAACGUGCCCAUAUGUUGAAAGAUCUCAUUUCUAGACCUCCAACCUUGGCUUUUCAGCUCAAGCCUAAGAUGGUGGUUCUAAGGGUCUCCAUGCACUGCUAUGGUUGCGCCAAGAAAGUGGAGAAACAUAUAUCCAAGAUGGAGGGUGUGACCUCCUACCAAGUGAACUUGGAAACGAAGACGGUGGUAGUAAUCGGAGACAUUAUUGCUUUUGAAAUAUUGGAGAGUGUUUCCAAACUAAAAUAUGCUGAACUUUUGAGCAACGCUACCCACUCAGAUUAAUUGUUCGAUCUCCAAUGCUCGGCUACUUUAUACUUGUGAGACUUUGUUGUCUUCAAACAUUUUUUCUACCUAUUACUUAUUUUUAAAGAUUCUAAUUACAGUCGUAACAACUUUAAAUUACCUUACAAUAAAAUCAGACAAGAUCAUCUCAAAUCAGUCCUAAUAAAUUUAGAUCCAAUUC